CAGGGAAGUGUUUAGAUGAAGUGUGAUGUGAUCUGUGUUUGAUAGAUCGUGCCGAGCGCGUAUAAAAUUGUCACAUGCGUCUGUUAUUCAAAUUAGAACAAUAAAAUAACAUGCUAAUUCAAUAAAAGACAGUGUACGUGGGUUAUUUGCCGAAAAUGUGGAUCAAGUAGACUCGUUUCAAAAGGCGUCUACGAGUGCAGGCUCGUAGAGGGCGGUCAGUGGAGUGCGCGGGUGUCUGGGUGGUAUGGGCUGCUCCCCAAGUGCGCUCCUGGAGCACAUCCAAAGGGACAGUUCCCAGAGCCAUCAAGAAAAAGUGCGAGUGACCAAGAAGUUAGCCGCCUCUUCGACGGACAACUCUACCAGUGCCACCAAUAAAGAAACAAAGCGAAACAAGAAAUCGAGUAUGCCAUUUUUUCCCUUCAAAGAUACUACAAGAAGCGUACUUCACAGAAAAAGCUCUUUAGCAUUGACUCCUGAAGAGGAACCAUUGGAUAUUCAUAGAGGACCCUAUGAAGUGAAAUUUGGACAAAUAUCGCCACCUACGAAAAAUUUGAGGAUUCUUACCGUAUUUUCCAAUCUGGAUCAAGCGGGAGAAACACUACUGAAGGCAGCCGAAAAGUUGGGUUUCGAAAUCACCAGUUGUUCAUCAGACGUUACUGCUUUGGACGAGUAUCAGGCAAAGUCACAUGAUCUGGUUUUGAUCGACACUAGAUCUAGCAAAGGGCUGGACCACGAUAUAUUAUGUCGGUCUAUGAGGAAUACCAAAGGUGGGCAGCAUACUGUUCUUGUAGCGAUAGUAAAGAAAAGUGCAUUCGAGAAAGAUGACAGUACGAUAGUGUCUCUACUGGAUUCUGGUUUCAACAGGUGUCUUGUGGAGACAACCAACUUGGUGGCCUGCGUCAAUGAGCUCAUCCUGCUGAGGCACAGCGAUGUCCGUCCGAUGGCACAGCACGCGUCCUGCCAAGGACUCUACGCCGCGCUGGACAAGUGCAAGGACGCUGUUAUCAUUACCGACGACAGCUAUAAGUUACAGUAUAUCAAUCGAGCAUGCGAAAAACAACUUGGCCUACGGCAGGAAGACGCUUUAGGAAAAACCCUUCACGACCAGAUCAUAAACGACUAUAUGCAGAUCAGCUUGAUGGGAUCUUAUUUGCUCAGAGGCAAAGAAUGGAGCGGACACAUGACUCUUAAACGGAAAUCGUUAGAUAGUAUAACGACCACUUGUAAAGCGGCGUCUUUCUGCUGUUACGGAAGGAUGCCAACACAUUUCAUCCUCGUCUUUGAUGUGGGGUAUACGGAGACGACGAAUGUUCUAGCUCAAUCAAGAGGCAGCAUUCAUUCUAUUCGGAGGGGAUCGACAGACGUCAGGAGCGUCGGUAGCGACUAUUUGAGGCGGACGUCGCUGGCCAAGUUGAAUUCGUUGCCGAUAGAAGGGCCGAUAACAAAAGUAAUAAGUCUGAUAGAUCAAGCCAGAGAAGGUGCCAAUCAGAACCCCCAAAUAAUCCAAUUACUGGACAGAGUCGAAGAUAUCCUGAAGAGUUGCGAAUUGUACUCUACGCACGUGAAAGAGGACUUUCGGAUGAAGCUCGACGAGCCGGUGGUUUCAGAUCUGAUCACGGCGCUGCUAUCGAAAACACCUCAACCGACGCUGUCAGCGUCGUCGAGGAGAAGCAGUAACGAUUCUUCGGUCUUCAGGCCGGCCAGGCCGGGAAUACAUAAGGCUCCUGCAGCGUUGAAGGAGCUCUUAGAACACUCUUUGUCAUGGGACUUCGACAUAUUCAGGCUGGAAGACUUGACGAAGAAAAGGCCGCUGACGCAGCUCGGUAUGUCUCUCUUCAACCAUUUCGAGGUGGCGAGCGUGCUGAAUUGCGACGAGAAGACCCUCUUCAACUGGUUGACGGUCAUUGAGGCCAACUACCACAUGGAAAACUCAUACCACAACUCCACGCACGCGGCCGAUGUUAUGCAAGCGACAGCUGGAUUCUUGGAUAAAGAGAGGAUGAAGUCCAUAAUGGAGCCUCUAGACGAAGCUACGAGUUUGAUAGCCGCAGCAGCCCAUGAUUUAGACCAUCCUGGGAAGUCGAGCGCCUUCCUAUCGAAUUCGGACAAUCCGUUGGCCAUUCUUUACAAUGACGUCACCGUCUUGGAGUCUCACCAUGCUGCGCUAACGUUCAAGCUCACGCUAGGUGACGAAAGAAUAAACAUUUUCAAAAACUUGGACAGAGAGACGUAUAAGAUAGCUCGAUCGAAUGUUAUAGAUAUGAUUUUAGCAACUGAAAUGACAAAACAUUUCGAACAUCUGGCCAAAUUCGUCAACGUCUUCUGCUCGAAAUCGUCUUCUUCAGAUCAGGAGAGCGACAUAAAUACGGAUUUUGCGCCGCUCUCUCUCCCCGAAAACGUAACGCUCGUCAAGAGGAUGAUGAUCAAGUGUUCCGACGUUUCGAACCCCACCCGCCCCCUGAGGCUGUGCGUAGAGUGGGCGAGGCGGAUAACGGAGGAAUACUUCCAUCAAACGGACGAAGAAAAAACAAAAGGCCUGCCAGUCGUCAUGCCCAUGUUCGACAGAUACACAUGCUCGAUACCCAAGUCGCAGAUCGGUUUCGUCGAUUAUAUCAUCAACGAUAUGUUUGAAGCGUGGAACGCAUUCAUCGAUAUGCCGGAACUGUUGACUUACAUGAGGCAGAACUAUAUUCGGUGGAAGGAAUUGGACGAACAAGGUCAUACAACAUUGGCGGAUAUACAGAAGUUGCAGAGCACUCCUCUAAUGUCUCCCAUGUUUCCCCCGAAACCAUCUUCCAAGUCUGACUGAUCAAAGUUUACCCGUCACAGUUUGGACAACAGUGACUUAAGACAUUAUUUUUUACUCAAGAAACUGAAUGAAAUCUGAUAAGCGUGGAUCCUGUCGCCGAAUCAGAAUGAAUAAAUGUACCUUCCUAAAUAUAUUGUAUAUUUACACACGCUAUAUACUAUGCACGCUGGCCGUGCAUACUAUUUUGUUUUUUUUAAAUUAUUAUCGACAUAUAUAUAUUUCAACUAUGAAACCUUCCUGUUCUUACUGUUUUAUAUUUAUAUAAUUAAAAUAUAUAAAUGAAUGUGAAAUAUGUGUCCAUGGAUGAAAUAAAAGAUGUUUUAUAUAA